UUAAUAUAUAACCGCACACGGAAUUUUAGAGCCAUUUCUAUAGGAGAGCGGACGAGGACUCUUGUCAACCUGCACCUCAACCGAUAUUUAGCCGAGUCCCACUUAACCGGCGCCCGCUCUUUCGGCGACCGUUUCGUCAACCCUCGGCCGCUGCGCCGGGACCGGCUCCUGGGGGAUGUGUUUCUAACAGGUAAACGCCCCCCCUUUACAUCUCUAGUUAGCCUUGGCGCGUAGCACCUCAACGUGAUUCGCCGUUCCCUUCUGUAGGCAGUAUUAUAAAGGGUAGCUCUGCCGUUACCCGCCUAGUUAGACUCUUCAAAUCUUCUUCACAGACCUCCUUCGAAACGGCCAAAAUAUUAGAUUCAGACAAUCACUCUUUACAGAAGCUUGAUCCCCUGAAUCUAUUUCAAGCUAAUAGAAGAAAGAGUGAAAUCAAACGAGAAUUCCUCUUUGGCAAGACAAAUUCUUGAACAAUGUCUUGAUCCUGACGUCGACUUUGAUGAGCCAGAAGCAAAGAACACCAAGCGCCGUCGAGACCAAAUCUGGAACUCUUAGUUAGAGUAAGCAUUUGAUAAUAUACGAUAUGUAUUAUGCUACCAAUGGAAAAGCUUUGCCAACGACUGUGGAUUUGACGGGCGCGAAAAUUGGAUUGACCUACACAGCGGUUGCUCCCGAAUCUAGGCAUUGCCAAACAUGUAUCCAGUUUUCCAGGGGUCUUUUUUUUGUUUGAACAGCCUUGAGUCCUUAUGUAAGCUUGGAACAUAAAUGCGGCAAGGCUCUCUAUUACUACGCUAUUGAGUAGUUAACGCUUAACCAUACUACAUCCAGCAUCACACCCGAAAUUAACACCUGCAGCCACAGCGCACACGCGAUGGAGACCUUUCCCCUCUUUUCAAGGUUGCCGACAGAGCUAAGGCUUGCGAUUUGGUCACAGGCUAUCCAUCCCAUCAGCCUCUUGCUUAUCUCCGUGCGAAACGACCCUGAGGUGCAGAGCCUGGAUAAGCUAUGUCUGGAACAGCCUAGUCGCCUGACGACGGAACAUGAGGUGGACAACCCUGAGUUGGACUCGGAGCAGUCUUCCGAGGAAAGCUUGGAAAUCGAGGACAACAGCACUCUCCUAUACCGCCCCAUCAUCAACCCACCCCUACAAGCCUGCCGCGAAUCAUUUGCUCUGAUGCCAACGUUGGGUGAAUGGAACACCCUCGGCGAUACCUUGCCUGUUUGGUUUGUUCCCGAGCUGGACGUGGUCCGUGGAACACAUGGCGCUACACGCCAGAUUUGGAGAUACCCUUUGGGGAAGAUUAUGGAGAAUCUAGUGGUCUUUGUGGAAGAUGCUGAAGACUUUUUCUUUGGUCGGGAGUUCGGUGAAGGCAUGAUGUUUAACAUGAUAACAGACUUGUUCUCAUGCCUAAAAUCAGUCAUCAUUGAGUCCAAAGAUUCGAGGCAGCUCGAGCAAGGCAAGAUACCAGAGUACUGGCUAGAAGAUUAUGUGGACAAUCUGGUGGAAUACUUUUGGCCAGAGGAUGAUGACCGGACGUUUGUAAUUGACAUCCAAUUGAUCAACUACGCUCAUCCCAAAGAGGAAUGGAUGACGCGGGCAAAUUGCUUGCGCGUGUGGCACAAUUGGGAAAAGAAGCGAGUGCACUUUUGGAGGCUCUACUGGGGGACCACUGAUGAUGUUUGCGAAGAAGCCGAGUACGACCCGAAGAAUAUUAACCAUGCAAUACUCGAGUCAGACGACGAGUUGGAUGACCCGGGAUUGUGGCUUCGAAAGCGGCGGCCCUUUGAUAACUUUUAGAAGGCGUGUCUGGUUUGUUGUGAAGACGCCCCCCCCCUU